ACCAUGAUACAGCAAAAGGAUCGAAGAAGUAAUGGAAACGAUGCUGCUGCUAACAACUGUCCCUCGAUAAUACUCACAACAAACACUGUCAUGUUUAACAUUGGUUGAACAGUCCAUAGGCAGGGUGAGUGCUACAGAACCAGCUCUCCUGUCAAACCCAAAAAGGGGACAUCAGAGCUAUGGCAGCUGCACAGUCUGCUGUAACGUUUGCAGUGUGCAUCCUCAUGAUAACAGAGCUGAUACUUGCCAAGAAGGACUACUAUGAUAUACUGGGAGUGCCUAAAGAUGCCUCUGAGCGACAGAUAAAAAAGGCUUUCCACAGGCUUGCAAUGAAAUAUCACCCUGAUAAGAACAAGAGUCCAGAUGCUGAAGUGAGAUUCAGGGAAAUUGCUGAAGCUUAUGAAACUUUGUCAGAUGAAACCAGAAGAAGAGAAUAUAACCAGUUUGGUGACACCUCUGCGUACUCCACUCAAGGCAGACAUACACAGGGAACGCACCAACCUUUCAGCUUCAACUUUGAUGACAUAUUCAAAGACUUUGACAUCUACAGCCAGAACAGGCACGCCCGUCACCGAAGACACUUUGAUGAACACUCCAGGUCCCAAAAGGAUUCCCACAGCAGACACAAGAGACACUUUCAAGGAGGUUUUGGAGCAGGUAUCGUUGAUGACAUGUUUGAAGACAUAGAGAGAAUGUUUACUUUUGACAGACACACCAAACAGACUGAAAACAGGUUUCAUGGUGUAUCAAAACAACACUGUAGAACAGUGACACAACGCAGAGGGAAUAUGGUAACCACGUACACAGACUGUACUGCACCUUAAGAUGCGAUGUACAGUGACUUAAAACUUAAACUUGCCUUAAGAAGAUGCAAUACUGGUGUAUUGAUUAGGUAACUGAAAGCCACUCGGUUCAAAUGCUGCGAAAUUUGAACUGUGACAUUGAAAACUGACAUUCAGGCACAGAAUGACAAGCACUGACUAAACAGUUUACUUAGCUUAGGUCAAAAUUCAAAUAAGCUAUGUUUUCAAGCUAUUCCCUGUGUGGACUUGUAAAAGAUUGUAGUGGUUUUUCACUUCUUGUUGAAGUGAGCUGAUAGAGAGUAUUUUGUCAGUAUUUUUUCAAGCACCUUCCCAUGAUAGCUGAGUUUGAAAACAUUGUUAAUUUUACUGUUUUAAGAAAUAAAAAUAGUCCUGGCACACAAAUGCAUGUGUCAGUUCACCAGUAGUUCACCUGCUACUCUGUUUUUGUAUAGUUUUUUGUUUCUUUUGUAUAGGUUUUGCUAUUGUAAGUUUCAAAUCACAGCUAAAGGCAGAGACAAUAGCAUCCAGUGGAGUUUUGCUUAUGGUUGUCAAAUGGGGAGCAAUGUCAACAAAAACCCGGGACCCUGCACAUGUUGGGGUGUUCAGUGGGUAUUUUUGGGUUUGUACUACAUCUUGUUGGAAUGUCUGUACUCUACGAUGCCAGUCUCACUUUUGAACAAAGUACAUUUUAAUGUUGUAGUUAAAUCUCAAGCGGUAAUUAUAAAAGAAUUGUAAAUGCCCCUAAAUUAUAAAAUAUAAUUAGGGAAGAGGAAUAUGUGAAUAUAGAAAUGUUUAUGACACUCUUUUAUUGGAAGUGGCCUAGAUAGACCUGCAAAUAAAUUCAAGACAAACUGUUUCAGUUUUGAUUCAACUUUAAUGUAAUUUUUGAGGCCAUACUUUGUUGUUAUUGAUUGGAUUAUUCUGUCAAAGUAUUGGCUACAUCUUAUAAUCAGUCCAAAAGAAAAGAGCCAAAGACACUGAAACUUCAGAAGUAAUCAGAGUUAAAUCAACACUCAAAAUAACAAUCAAAAAUCAAAACAGAGCAAGUUUCACACAAAAUUGCAAAUGCUGCCAGAACUUUUUCAUUGCUAAAAAAAUCACCUUGAUAAGAAACACGUUUGUUGCAGUAUUGCAGGCAUUUAUAUUAUAUUGUGUAUUUCAAGAAUAUCAAAAUAUAGAUCAAGGCCACAUUCAAUACAAUGGAAAGUCACUGGUUUAAUUUAUACAUUUAAUUAAACCUGCUCUUUACUUUUUAAAUGUUGAAUAUUUAAUAUGGAUUCACAGUUUCACUACAUGAAAUUGAACCACUAUUCCUGAAAUGUAGGUAUUGAAAAACCUCUGACUGACAUGUAAUUUAACUGGCAGUGGACCACUUGAACCAUAAGCUACAGUAUGUACUAGAGGUUUCAUGACUACUAUUGUAUAUAUUUUUGACUGAAGAUCAAGUGAAAGAAUACUGCAGUACAAAGCUGAAGAAAUAAUUAUAUGUACAAACAAGCAUCAAUGUUCUGCAUAUGACUAGUUGCUUUAACACUCAGUAAAUACUGUAGAAGAGGAAACUUCCUGUCGUGUUACCUCAUUCCUGUAAACUAGGUACAGUGACAUUCUCCUUUGACAUUGUGCUGUGCAAUAUUUAUUUUCUACAUUGAUGUAAAAUAUCCAGUAGCACUUUCAAUUUUGCAUAAAAUACCACAUACGUGUGUUGUUUUUAAAGAAUGUGUUUGGAGAAAUAAAAUGUAGACAACAAACACA